ACAGGUGUCAGAAAAAGAUCUCUGAGGAGAUGGAAGUUUCUUCGCAGCUUGGGAACAGCAGCAAUGACUCUGGAUUUUGUCUGGGGGAGACUCAGCACUUGUCCAUCACUGUCCACCUGUGCCUUGUCUUCUUCCUGGGCUUCCUCCUCAAUACCUUCAGCCUGUGGGUCUUCUGCUGCCGGCUUGCCAGUUGGACCUCUGGAACCACACUGCAGUUCCACCUGGCCCUCAGCGACGCCAUAGCCACCCCAGUCACUCCCAUGAUGGCGGUGUACUUUGCCAUGGGCAAUGACUGGCCCUUUGGUCGGUUCCUGUGCCAAGUUAAGAUCGCUCUGCUCAGCUCGCACUUCUAUGGCAGCACCAUCUUCCUCACUCUCAUCAGCAUCCACCGGUAUACAGCCGUGGUGCACUUCAACAAAAGCUCCUGCAUGAAACGGAAGGAGUUUAUCAGGAAGCUGUGUGCAGGAGUUUGGUCUGUGCUCCUGAUCCAGGCUCUGAUCUACGCUUUUAUGCUUCCUCCAAGCAAAGAGGGCAGCAACAGUCAAUGCCUCUCCAUCCAUCAGAGGAACCUGACCGAUGUCUACUUUGUCAUUAACUUCAUCUUGUUCAUCCUCGGGUUUCUAUUUCCUUUCCUUGUGUCCGCUAUUUGCUACGGCCGUCUGGCGAACACCCUAACUCACCUCAACAUCAGCACGGCUAAAGGUCUGAAAGUCAAGGUGAAAUCUCAGAGGAUGAUCGGCAUGUGCCUGGUGAUUUUCGGACUGUGCUUCCUGCCCAUGAACAUAAUACGAACUGUGGCAGUGGUACUAAAAAAAUACUACCCGCAUGAAUGCCAUGUUCUUCAGCAGAUCGAAACAGCAUAUUACACAUCCUGGAUUUUAGCAGGAGUAAACAGCUGCCUGGAUCCCCUGCUGUACUGUUUUGGUUCGCAAAAUUUUCGAGAUGCAUUCCAGUCUCUUAGGAUUGGAAAGGGAAACAGUCCAAACAGAAGUGAUUCAGAAAUUACUGCAAAUCCGUAGCAUGGAGUCUGACUAAUAUUUGAAGCCCAUAAUUCUUUGUUGGUGGAAAGACCAUGUUCUGAUGAAGUGACAGUGAACUCUUCAUGAAAGACUAUACCAACUAAUUCCUGAGCUGUUAACAUUACAGGCCACAGGACUUUGAUUUCCCUGCAGGUUUUAGAGACUAAUACCCUCAAUUUGAUGAGCUCAUAGUCAUGGCGCAUAGUCCUUUAAGGUCUCACAGAGAAAAAUUAUAUUUUUAACAAAGUUGUUUUUUUUUUUUUUUUAAAUGGCCUCAACCAAACAAUUGAAAUUGACUUUCAUGUUAAUGGUAAAAACAGAGAAAAAAAAUUAAAAAUUACAAAUCAUGUACUAUUAUUAUGCUUGUAAUAUGUUAGUAUAAUCAACAUAUAUCAAUUUGUGACUAUGGAAUUAGUAGUAUUACCACAAGUAGCAUUUUUUCCAUGCAUAUUUACCAUUACAGUCCUUUGAAAGUUUCUGCAUUUAUUUAUUUGAUAAAAAAAUGCUAUUUUAUUAUUUCAGCACCACUACCUUUACCACAAAAAGGCCACUUCAACUAAUUGGUAAAACAUGGUUUUAAACAGUAAAAAAAAAUCACACUUAUUCAAUAUUUUC